AAAACAUAACCUUAAUUUUUUAUUUUUAAUUUAAGAAAGUUAUUAGAAAUAGAAACAAUAAAAUAUGAUUAGAUUUAGAUGUUUGGGAAUUAAUUCAGUUGUUCCCAUUCAUGAAAGCUGCAUUUUAGAUAAUAUAAUUUUUAGAAACUAUGCCUUUAAAAGUGAUUUAAAAAUCAAGUGGAAUCGCCCAGAAAAAAUACCUUGCUACAAGCCAGAAAAAAGCGGAGAUCUUAAAGGUUUUCCAAAGUUAGAUAAAAAACAGGUUCUUCUAGAAUUUAGAGAUUCUAAAGAGUUGCAGAGCGCCGAUGAAAAUGUUAAGAAAUUAUUCACAUUAGAGUUUGCCCCGAAGAAGUACACCAAUAGAAUAUUUUAUAAUGAUAUUGUGGAAAAAGUGAAGAGGCAUGAAUAUGAUCGGACGUCUAUAGAAGCUAAAAUAGCUAAAUGGACUGGCGUUAUCAGAGCUCAACAAGAACAUUUGGACAAAUUCCCAAGAAAUCUAAGACUAAAGGUUAUUCUAAAGGAAUUGAUUGAAAAAAGAAAAAAACACCUAAGACAUUUAAGGAGAUGGGAUUAUAAAAAAUUUGAAUGGUUAAUAGAAAAUUUGGAUAUAGUAUAUAAACCUGAGCCCACAGAAAGUUAUGUUAUCUCAAGAAAAGAUUCCUUGAGAAAAUUAACAGACAAAUAUUGUGAAGGCAUAAAGGAAGAUAGGUUGAACUUGUACAAAUUAAAAUUAGAAAGUGAACAUCCGGCUUUCUUGGCAGAAAAAAUAAGUUGUUUGAAAUUUAUCAGAGAUGAGCAAAUAGCAUGUGGAACAGAAGUUACUGUAACUGAUGAUGAAAUUAAUGAAGUUCAGAAACAAUUAGAUGAUUUGAAGAAGAAAAAUGAAGAAUUGAAUAAGCAAAAUGAAAAUGAAUAA